AAAAGCUAGUAGCAGCAAAAUCCAAAAUUUUCUAACAAUGUAACAUGCAUAACAGCACAAAGUAGCCGUUUCCAAUUUCAAAUCAAACCAUAAUGUGACAAAAAAAGAUUCACAUACACAUUAAAUAUUCUAAAUUAAAAGGGUAAGUAAUUUCAAACAAAAGGUCAUUUCUUACUGUACUGCAGUAGUGAAGUGAGUUUAAAACAAAUAAUCCAAAACAUACACAUCAGAAAUCACCCACUUUUAAUUUAACGGCUACAUUUCCACAUUCGCCCGCCCUUCCCCCAAAAUUUGAAUUUCUUUCUUUCUUUGAAAACUGUGCCCUGUUUUCUUUUCUCUCUCCUCCAAAUUCCUCAAAUUUCAAAUCUUUUUCUUCUCUACCUCUCAUUUUGCUCCUCCCACCUACUUUAAUUAACCCUUUAUCUUUAUCUUUCUCUUUCUCUUUAAUCCUUCAGAUUUUUAGUUUAAUCCCAUCAAAAUUAAAGAUGGGUUGUUGUUUGAGCAAGAACGACCCAUGUUCAAAUUCACAUUCACAAAUCGAACAAACUGAUACAAAAAAGAAACUUCCGGUACCGGUUCCGGUUCCUAUUACAGUUAAAUUAGAGCACCCUAAGAAGCAAUUAGCCGGUUUCGAGGCGGCAGCCCCGAAACCGGAAUGUAGCACAAAAGAGAUAGAAAGUGAAACAAAGGAGGUUUUUACAAAGAAGAAGAAGGAGGUUUUUGUAAUUCAACACAGAAAAAGUAAUGAUAAUAGACCGGAAACAGAUGGGUCAGCUUCAAAUUCAUCGAAUUCGAGUGACCCGAGUAGAGGAUCCGGGUCCGAAGAGAUUGGUAGGAAUAUACUAGCAGCUGCUGCAAAUGGGCAAGCAGUAAGAACUUCAAGUUGUACAAAGGAAGAAGUUGAUGCCAUUUUGAUUCAAUGUGGUAGGCUUAGUAGGAGUUCAUCUGGUAAAGGGAAUGGAAAUGGUAAUGGUAAUGGGAAUGGGCAUGGAAGAAGGUAUUCGGGUUCGAAACGGAGUUUCGAUUUCGAUAGAGAGAAUGAUACUAUUGAGGAUUCCAAGAGAAAUGGGAAUGAAGAUGAAUUGAAUGAUGAUGAUGAACGAUCCAGGAGGCGACAGUCCCGGGGUUCGAAUCGUAGGAGGAGUACUCCGAGUAGGAGUAGGGAGAGGGACCAACAACAAUUAAGGUCAGGGAGUAAAGAGAGAUCACAGAGUAAUGGUAGAAGGGUUAGUAGGUCUCCUGGAAGACGGUCCGAAAGUCCAAUAACUCAAACACACAAUGGUAAUGGUAAUGGUAAUGGUAAUGGGACUGUUAGGCCUGGGAAAUUAGUGUCUGUUCCUGCAACUGUGACUUCACUGUCUGUUGAAAAGGGUAGUGUUGGAAAUGGAAAUGAUGGGAAUGUGAAGAGGGUUUUAGUGAAGAGAAAUGUGGGUUCGCCGCGGUCUCAGUCACCUGCUAGAGCUAUUUCACCUGCAAGGGCUAGUUCACCUGUAAGGGGUGGUAAUCAAGGGAAUGGUGGAGGGCAGCAGCAGCCGGUUUCGGCUCCGUUGAGCCGGAAUGGGUCAAGGAAAGCCGAGCAUUCGCCGUUUAGGAGAACGCCUUUGAAUGAGAUUGAUAUUAAUUCGCUUCCGUUUCAUCCGCUUUCUAACAAGAGGCCUGUUAGUAAAGGGAAGGAAAUUGAGGAGGAUGUUGUGCUUGUUAAGCAGCCUAUUAAUUCUGGAUUUCAGCAGAACAAGUAUGCAGAGACAAACAAUGUUAAAGCAUCUAUUCAGGGGACUCAUAGAAGAAGCAGAAGCAGAGGGGCUGAAGGAUAUGAGGUUACAAAAACUAAUUACUGCAGAGUGAAUGAGCUUCAGACGCCGAAUGUUGAGCAAUUGAUUGAGGAUAAGAGGGGGCAAUUAGAUACAGUUGAGUAUGAUGCCAUGGUGACUCCGGUUGUUGUCUCGGGUGCUGAGACCCUCAAGUUGCCACAAACAUUGAUGAGAAGUAGGUCUGCAAGGCGAUCACGAGACCUGGACAUCAGUGUUGAGGCUCUUUUAGCCCCUACCCCGGCUACUGACUAUAACUCUCUACUGCUUCGAGACAUUCAGAAUUUCCACCAGAAGAAAAACUCAAACACGAAUGCUAAUACUAAUGCUACUGCUAAUGCAAAUGUCAGUAGCAGUAAUAAUGCUGGAAGUUCUAACAUGGAGGCGAGCAAUUCAUACAAACUCCCACCAUGUGUCAGCAAAGCAUGUUCAAUUGUUGAAGCUGUGGCAGAUCUUAACUCCAUGACUGGCUCUGAUGACAGGCGAAAAAGCCCAAAGGAAACCAACUUCUCUUUCAACAGUAGUAAGAAGGUUUUAGAGUCCAAGGACCCCUUUGUUGAAUCAGAAGUGAAAGUAAGUGAUGAUUUGAUGGAGCCGAGUUUACACAAGUAUGUGACAGUAAGGAUGAAGGGUGGAGACUUCAACGACGAGGAGUCUUCUGGUAGCAAUAGCUAUGUGGGUGGAAGUCAGCAAAAUUGGCUCUCAUCUUCAACUUGGGAGCCAACUUCAGCUGAUUCAACGGAGUCUUGGACUUCAAAGUCUUACAGCCGAGAAGAGUUGAACCCUGCAAGAUUUCAAAGACACGCUACAUCUGAAAUUGCCUGUGGAAUCAAUGAGGAACCUGAGAAGAAAUACAGCAACGGAGGAGCUACUCGUGUUAGGACAAUUGCCAGUAGAGCUCCUACUGCAUCAGCAUCAAAAGCAGCUGUUGCCUCAAUGUAAAUUGUUUGUUUUGUGUUUUAGUUUCAUUGUAGGGUAAGAUUAUGUUUGUAAAGUAGUUGCAUACUUUGCAACUCGUUUUUCUUUUUCUUUCAGCUUCUUAUCAAGAUUGUUUAGAGAAAAUUUUUCUUUACGGUAUUGCAAAUUAUGCCUUUCACCGGAUUAAUUUGAAUUUCUCAAUGUCAUUAAUAAAUGACCAAUAAUUACAAGAACAAACAGUUUACAGAAUUAUGAGUUAUAUUGGUAAGAUUUCGCAGCAGUAUCAUGUAGAAAGAAUGAUUAAUGGGUUUUUGAGUAAAGGCUAGAUAAUAUAAAUGCUCGUCAGCUGGUCCAUUAGAAACAGAUGCAGACUGCAGCAAAAUGUUUACAUCUUUUGACAGUAUAAAGAUGCAAGAUAAAGCUAAAAGGAGGACAUAAAGUACUUUAGAUAGGUUGAAAAAUAUGUAGUAUGCUGCUAGGGAGAUGCAAUACAUCUGAUCAGGUGGCAAAGAAGAAU